GCGAUAAUUCCACUCCCAAACCCCACUACUUAGAGUUCGCCGCUUCCGUCGUAAGGGGUCUAAUAUAGCCGCAUUGUCCGUAUUUAACCUGUCAACUCCCAAACACGCACACAGUUAUCAAUUAAAGAAGUGGUCUUUAAUUAGUGCUGGUUUUGGGCUUAAUUCUCUUAAUUCUUGCUGUAUUUUACUUGUACUAUUAGUUAUGACUGAAUCUAUUGAAGAAGUCCGUAAGCCUGGAGGCGCCCAGGAAACGAUUGAAACGAAAAGGAUUGUUGUUCAAGAGUUUGUCUCUGAAACUCCAGUUUCGAAUAGAGAUUUGAACAAGAAACUCGUGGACCAAAACAUAGGAGAGGGCUAUGGAAAUGAAUUUAAAGUGAAGGCUACUGAUCUGGAUAAGGAUUAUGCCAAAAAUCACUUCAUUGAUCUGAGAAAGCCAAUGCUUCCACAGAUUCUAUUCAAUUCUAACCUAACAAAGGAGGUGUAUUUGGACCAAGUUCAUCGACCUCGUCAUUAUCGAGGCUCCGGCUCUGCUCCAUUGUUUGGCAAUUUUUUGGAACCUCUUAGUAAGACUGCCUGGUAUGUAAUUCCCUUGGUAUGGGGCCCAUGUGUUGCCUUCGGCAUACAUUACGCUAGUCAAGGAAUGGCUAAGCCUGCUUUAAUUGCCUCGGUCUGUUUUGGUCUGUUCUUAUGGACAUUAAUUGAAUAUCUAAUGCAUCGCUUUUUGUUUCAUUUGGACGAGUACACUCCCGAUCACCCUGUGUUUUUAACAAUGCAUUUCUUGUUCCACGGUGUUCACCACUUUUUGCCCGCUGAUCGUUAUCGUCUUGUUAUGCCCCCAGCCCUUUUCGUUAUCCUUGCUACGCCUUGGUUUCGUCUAGCAUUGGCUUUGUUCCCGUACUAUAUGGCGGUCGCCGUUUUCAGCGGUGGUGUUAUGGGCUACAUUUUCUACGACCUAACUCAUUACUUCCUUCAUCAUCGCCGCAUGCCGGGUACUUACUUGAAGCGCCUAAAGACCUGGCAUUUAGAUCACCAUUACAAAAACUAUAAGUCGGGAUUUGGUGUCACAAGCUGGUUUUGGGAUACUGUUUUCCAUACUGAAGGUCCGUCCUUUGCUAAAUUCGCAAAGACGGGAAAAGCAGUUUCCAAUUAGGAAAUUGCUCGAUAUUUGGCGUUUAUACUCUUUUAUCCUUUUUUGACGGGAACCUUUAAGUACCAUUCUUAUUAAAAAAUGGAAGAACGGCAACGAGCCUUGGAUUGACUUCCUCGAACUUGUUCAGUUACUCUUUGUAACAUUAUAUCUCUUCUUUCUUCUUGGAAGGAAGGAGUUCUUUGUCGGUCUAUAAUGGGACAUUUGUCCCUGCGAGACCGCACUGUACUUUUUAAAUUUCUUACGUGCUCUAAUUCUUUGUAUUCUAUAUCGUCUUCUUUAACAAGGCCAUCCGGCUCACUACUCCUCUUCAACCAUUCAAAAAUAGGAGAUUUUCAUUGAUUUUUUUGCUCCAUAUUGUCGACUUUUCUCUGUAACGGCAAUACAUAUCAAUUCAACACUGAUUUUAUCCUAAUUGCUGUGAAAUACCAUCUCUAAAAGUAUAAUUGUUUUCGUUUGUGUUAUGUAGUUGUUAAUGUUCGUGCCUCAA